UCGGGACCUGCCCAAGUGCCCAUCGCGCCUCCUCUUCCCAGCGCCGCCGCCCGCACCCAGCGGCCGGCGCCGCCGCCCCGCGACCGCCCUCCGGCCUCCGCACCUCUGCGGCCCCUUCCUGCUGGCCUGAUGCACCUCCUCCGCUCGCGCCGGUCGCUGCUGUCCUGCUCCUUGCUCUCCCUCGCGGCCUCGCCUCGGAGUGCCAAGCGGCCGCCGGACGGCCGGAGCUAGGGUUUCGGCCAAAAAUCGCUGUGGCCAGGGUGCCGGUCAGUUCGCCGUCUUCAUCUCUCUCAUCUCAUUCAGUGGUUUCGGCCAAAAAUUUUGGCCAGGACUACCCCAGGUUUGAAUGCUGGUUCCGCCAGACUGCAGAGGGGAUCCAUCUGUACCUGGGUUGACUUCCGUCUUCACCGGUGCGGAGGCUUUAGGUUUCUCGUAUCGCUCCGCUCGUUUUCUUCUGCAAUACAUAUUCCAAAUCUAUGUGAAUUAAACUUCAUGCUCAUGCCUGUGUUAUGUCCGCCCUGGAUUAGACCUUCGAAUUGGGGUCCUUUGCUGGCUGAGGAACACCUAGUUCUUUCAAUCACUAGGUGUGAUAAGGCCUUCAGCCAUGCAGAGAUCCAGUGCAUCGGCCCUUCCUACUAUUAUCUUCGAGGAAGCUCUUUGGAGAGAAAUGGAGUAUCGUAAGAGAUUGGAGAGGACUCACCCUCAUCUGCUGAUUGCCCUCAAUGGAGCCCCUGAAUGGCAGAAAGAGGUCGGUACAGAUUCAAUAUCUGAUGAUUUUAGGAGAAAGUUAGCCCCAGAUAGCACUGUACCUCAACAGCAGUCUAGUUUCAGUUGUUCCACUGUACAGAGACAGACAGCUAAUUGGUACCCCAUCAAGAAAAAAGUGAAAGUUCCACAUCUUCCUUCCCAGAUUCUGCAAUCUCCUAGACCAAACGUGGUACCUUCUUUUUGGUGUAAAAUUUGCAAGGUUGAUUGUGUUACUGAAUUCAAUUUCGGUGCCCACAUUGGAGGGAAAAAACAUAAGGCUAAAAAGCUGGAGAUUCUUGGAAAUAGGAACACUGGAAGACAUGGCGGUCAAUGUUCAGGUAUCAGGAAUUCUGUACAAAAUAGCCAUGCAGUCUCUGGAAGCAGAAACAGUGAAUCAAAUGUGUCUAGUAGCAUUGUUUCUGCAAGCUGUGAUCUGCCCUCUGGAAGCAGAACUAAUGGAAUAGAGGAAAGCGGAUGCACUGCCCCACCAAUGAGCAGCAUGGAUUUCACUGAAAUCUGAUGUCUAUAAUAUGCUCCUUGUACAUUUUCCUCUGAAACGUAGAGUAAUGUGUUUAGUUCUCAAACAGUCAGUGCACUAUGGAAAUUUCAUCUGAUGGUGGUGUACCAUGCAACAAUACAUAAGUUGAAAAAGGUUGCAGUACCCUAUUGGGGAAGCUAUCUAUCUGCAAGAUUGAUGCUAGUCAGUUUUCUUACUUCUUGAUUAAGAGGUAAAAACUCAGAAGCCAGUGCUGAUAAAUUACUAGAUCAUUUUGACUGAAGGCAUGAAUGUGUAUAAUACAGACUACUACUAAUCUGGUGAGCCAUAUUGUAGCAUUUGCAGGUUAUUAAUUUAUUAUUCUAUAGAAGUUAGCUGUAAACUGGCAAAUGGCCACAAUAUUAGUUAAAUAUCAGUCCCAUUACAUCCAACAAGCAGAUCUUCCUUUUAUUUUCAAUUUUCCAUAAAAUACUCGAUGCAAAUAAACUUGCUCAGAUGGCACUGUAUGUUUAUAUACUGUAAAUUGUAUUCACUUUGAUGUGGAGA